GCAUAGCGCACAGCACAGCUGAUGAAUUGACUCAGCAGAUCGUAAAUAAGUAUAUUUACGUUUAAUUUACUAUAUAGCUAAACAUAUUUGCAUUUACAGUGAAUUUCGUAUUAAUAACUUCGUAUUAUUGUUCGAAAUGGAUACUGUGGUUAAGAGUAUGUUAGAAGAAGAUCCCAAUGAGGAGAAACCGGGUCUUGUAAUAUUUGGGCGGGAUGUCUCAAAGAUACCGUGUUUCCGAGAAAGUUUCCUCUAUGGGAUCGCAUCAGGCGUUGGCGUUGGAAUUGGGGCGUUUCUCAAGACUUCAAAACCUAUGUUAUCCCAGCACAUAGGUUUUGGAACCUUUGCCAUGUCUACAAUGUUAUACUGGUCGUAUUGUAGAUACCAAUGGUCUAAGCAAAGAUUUGAUGCACAGUUAUUACAAGAGGCAUUGAAAGAUAAAAUCAUGUAUGAAGGCACCAUGAAGGAACGAGAGUUAGAACAGAAAGGCAUAUUAAAGUCUGCUUAAUUAUUUUUAACUGAAUAGUUGAAUACAGGCACUUAUCAGUGAAAACUGCCUGCCUGAGUUAAUAAUAAUAAUAUUGCCGUUUAAUGUAUGUAGUGUAUACAAUUUAAUAUAAAACUGUGCUGAAAACUACUAACUCUUUUGAGUAAAAUGUGUUGUCUUGUACAGGCUAGUCUUGACAUAGUUCUCAAAAAAGAACUUUAAUUUGUAAUUUAGGGAAUGUGUAUUUAAAUCAGUGUAAUAUACAUUUAUAUGUUAUA